GCGAACGUGGAACAGCGUAGCGCACAGGACGACGUAGUGCCUAUUGUGCGAGCCCGCCCGUUAACCAGGUGCAUCCUUCCCGCGGGGCGCCAUCGUCAUCGUCACACAGCGACGACAUGGAGAAUGCGGAGACCCGGAGUAGUGCCGUCGAGAUGUCGCGGAAGAUCUCCGAGACAUGAAGAGAGCGCGACCGAGGCUCUUCCAUGUUACAUCACGUCACGUCGAGUGGAUUUAUCGAUGCAUUAGGCAUGCGUGCAUAAUUGAUAUGGGUGCAAACGUAUUGAUGCUACACGGCCAAGGGAAGGUACUGAAAAAUGCUCGGGAAGGAUGCUUACGUAUAAAUAACUCGACAAAAAAAUAAUUGGUCCGGAAACCGAACGGUCGUAUUCGCGAUGUGAAAAUGUGUGUGCAUUAUGCGGCAACCGUGAAAGAAGAUGGGACAAAUCACAUGGGUUUCUUUGAGUCGGGGCCGGUAGCAGAGCCGUGAUCAAAAUGAACUUGAUUAACAUGGACGCGGAGAACCGCGUCGUUCUGAACGUGGGUGGAAUCCGGCACGAGACGUACAAGGCGACCCUGAAGAAGAUCCCGGCGACGAGGCUCUCGAGACUGACCGAGGCCCUCGCCAACUACGACCCGAUCCUCAACGAGUACUUCUUUGACAGGCACCCGGGUGUCUUCGCCCAGGUACUCAACUACUAUCGCACCGGGAAGCUGCACUAUCCCACGGAUGUCUGCGGCCCGCUUUUCGAGGAGGAGCUCGAAUUCUGGGGGCUCGACUCCAAUCAGGUCGAGCCUUGCUGUUGGAUGACCUACACGCAGCACCGGGAUACGCAGGAAACGCUGACGGUCCUCGACAGGUUGGACCUCGACACCGAGAAACCCACCGAAGAGGAACUCGCGAGAAAAUUCGGCUUCGAGGAUGCGUAUUACGAAGGAACUCGAACUCGGUGGCAGAAGCUCAAGCCUCAGAUGUGGUCACUUUUCGAUGAACCCUACUCCUCUGUUACAGCUAAGAUAAUCAGCAUAAUUUCCGUUUUCUUCAUCUGCGUUUCGAUACUCUCGUUCUGCUUGAAAACCCAUCCGGACAUGCGAGUGCCGAUGAUCGUGAAUCGUUCGGUAAAGACUGACAACGUGACGUCAUGGGUGGUGGACAAAACCCGCACCAACGCCCACGACGUCUUCUUCUACAUCGAAUGCAUCUGUAACGCCUGGUUCACCCUCGAGUUCCUGAUACGCAUCACCGCGAGCCCGAAUCGGUGCGACUUCAUCAAGAGCUCGGUGAAUCUGAUCGACAUGGUGGCGACUCUGAGCUUCUACGUUGACCUGGCGCUGCAGCGGUUCGCGGCCCACUUGGAGAACGCCGAUAUCCUCGAGUUCUUGAGCAUCAUACGUAUAAUGAGGCUGUUCAAGCUCACGCGCCACUCCUCGGGCCUGAAGAUCCUGAUACAGACUUUCCGCGCAUCGGCGAAGGAACUCACGCUGCUGGUGUUCUUCCUGGUACUCGGCAUCGUCAUCUUUGCUAGUCUCGUGUAUUACGCGGAGCGUACUCAGUACAAUCCGAAAAACGACUUCAAGAGCAUACCACUGGGUCUGUGGUGGGCCCUGGUGACGAUGACCACCGUCGGUUAUGGGGACAUGGUGCCGAAGACGUACAUUGGGAUGUUUGUCGGCGCACUCUGCGCGCUGGCCGGUGUGCUCACCAUCGCCCUGCCCGUGCCCGUGAUCGUUAGCAACUUUGCAAUGUAUUACAGUCACACGCAGGCGCGAGCCAAGCUACCGAAGAAGAGACGCCGAGUACUGCCGGUGGAGCAACCACGUGUGAGGGCACCCGGUGCGCCGCCUGGUACAGCCGGCGGGCCCGGAACCGGGCCCCCGGGCUGCGGCCAGCAAAUGUCGCACUUGCAGUCGGGUGGGGGCGCGGUCACCACUGGGCCCCACGGCCUCGGCAUGGGCCAAACGCCCGGCGUCGGGUGCACCGGUGGCGGCCAAGGACCGCAGAAUCGGAGAAUGAACGCCAUUAAGACGAAUCAUCCGAAGGAUCCAUUCGCCACGAAAUCAGAGGAGGACCGGAGGAAUUGUAACCUACGAACCAACGGGACCAAGAGAGCCGGAGGUUUGGAUUAACCAUUUAGCGCUGUCGUAGAUGCGCUCAGACGUGGGUAUCUCUCACUGGUCGGAAUUAUUUUGGAGCGAACGGCGCGGCGUGUACAUCUUAAUCAAAGAUUGUCCUGUAAAGUCCGUAAUUUUAAUUAGGGUUGCUUUGGAAAGAGGAAAAAAAGAAGGAGAAAGAAAAACAAAACGCGUUAAACAAUACCUCGCUGCAUCGAAGCGGUCACGGCUUCUAUUGCCCGAUUUCAACGUUUGGGCAAAGUAAACACUGCCGGCGAGCGUGGCGGCUGAGAUCCGACCGGAACACGGUAAAAGUCUUGUGCGGUGGCUGUCACCAGACACACACACACACACGGCCGCAACGGGUAUAUCUAUUAUUUAUCUAGAAUGUAGAAUUAAUAGAAACAGGAGGACAACUGCCGCGAGCUCUGCCCGACGAGAAGGGACUCGCGUCCAUCCGGGACACGGCUCGGCAGACGUGCGUCCUCCAUUUUCCGCUUAAUUCUAGAUUCCAAAUAACAUUGUAUAUAUACCGUCAGGUUUAAAAAAAAAAAAGAAGUGAAUUGCGAGAAUCUCUCGACGGUUAUACCACGAGCCAACUAUCGAUCUAAAUAGACAGAUUGUGUAGAGAGUCAAGGAGAAACUUGUGUAGCAAGUAGAAAACUUUCCUCCUUCCUUCGCUUCAUAAUUUGUAUUUUUUAAUAUUCGUAUUCGUAAAAGAAAAAAAGAAAAAAAAAGAGAGGAUAAUGCAUUUCAUUGAUAGCGAAUAAACGAAAUCGAUGCGUCGACAUUAAUAUAUCGUCGAGGCAGUUUUCUCAUUCGACAAGUUUUAUCUAAUCUUUUUCUUUCACGCUUUGACGUUUGAUAUAUAAACGCCACGAUACAUGAAUAAUUUUCGCUAGACGAAACUUUAUACUUUCGUGAUUUAUUAUUCCUCAUCUAUAUAUGUGUUCUUUGUAAAUAUUUGCUACGAAAAUAAUCACGUAAUCUCUUUUCGAGCAUUUCUUAGCUGAACGAUAUAAGUAAUUUCGACUAAAUAUUGUUACGAAUACUAUUUACGGAUACAUUUUCGUAGAGGUAGAAAGACGCGAGAAUGUCUUUGACAUUUUGUGUUUGUCUCCGUUUCCCUUGUUUGUUUGUUUUUUUUUUUCGAAAUUACGCCUUUGAUUUCGUCGUUCUGUGUAUAGCGAUUAAUAGGCAAGUGUAAAACGAAAAUAUCCCACAAGAGUGCAGCCGAAUGUCUUAUACCGUCCACCAGACCACCGCGUUCGUGACUCACGUAAACAUCGCAUCACCCAUGGCUUCUAAAUUUAAGGUAGACGAUGAUCUAAGAUACAUUGUGGCAAAGAGGAUAUGCGCGCACAGUAGAAACGGGGACGUAAACUUUGUUACUAUAGCUUUGUUACUUUACAGCUAUAUACGUUUGCCAUUGUCGAUAUCAUCGCUUGGUCUAUACACAUCACCCCGAUUUAAAAAAAAAUCGAUUAAUCAUUGCGGAAAGAACCUCGUCCUAUCUUCUAGCAAUCGCCGUGUCUAUAUCGCGCGCCUACGUUAUUUCUAUUCGUCGGUGUUUUCGUGCGGGGCUCCGUGUAAACGGCAAAUCGAAUAAACGACAGUGGAAAUUGCAUCCCCGCGCUGCAGCUUGUUUUAUAGCUGAGAUAGACGCACCGUAUCCUCGAUACACCCUUCAUCAUAGAUUUUCACAUUCGUGUGAAACACGUAUACACCGCGUACGACUGUUAUUCUCACCGCAGAUUUAGCAUCCGAAUGUGUUUUGCCUGAUCCUGAAAAUCCGCGUUCUCACCGCAUAUUCGGCGAUAAAUGCGGCUGUCUGAUUCUCUCUUUGCGCCGAUAUUGCACACGCAAACUCUAUGUCGGGCGAGUGAUAAAAGCUCGGAAUCACCCAGCCGCGUUUAAUAUCGACGCCGGCGCUAAAUGCGUGGUGAAAAUGUGGACGGACAUCUGUAUUUAAAAUGAAAUUUGUAAAUGCGAGUCGGACGGGGCGACUUUUAACUGCUGGAUGCGGUGAGGAUGCGGGACUGUGUCACUUUGCGCACCGUGAAUAUCGCCGGGACCAAUCCAAUGAGCUCCUCUACCCUCCCCUGCUAACCGAGAUAUCAUCCGUAAUAUCAGCGGUAAAGAACAGCCUUCCCUCGUUCGUUCUUAGCCCUCGCGCGCGGAGUAAGCUCGGAGUAUAAUACAGCUCGUCUAACAGUAGCUGUGAGCGUCUCUUUCUAUGUCAUAUAUAUCUGUUGUGCCUGUGAAAGCGAGGGGGGAGUAGGAAGGGACGCAGAAAGGGACGACAAAAGCAUAUCAUAGACACACAUGUGCGAUCGUGUGUACAGCUCUCGCGAACAGUCGGCGGACACUUUGCAGACAAUCGUCGCUUCUUCGACAAAAUUAAUCGCACCCUACGUGCUUUUGUUCCGACUUCAUUUUCGGACAAUUAUUCACUUAUCGAUCAAAAUUUUAACAUUACUUGUCAGAAAUUUGACGACGGCUAGCUUUAAGUAGUUGUAUUUGUACGGUCGGUCUUGCUUUGGUUCGAUCGCUGAUCAAAAAUCGAUGACAUCCGACAUUAGCAUGAAUGAGACUGCAAGAGACAUCAUUGAAACGUAAGACUCUAAAUCGUUAGAUUAAUAUCAUGUCCCGCGCACGGCAAAUUCGGCUAAAACGUCUUGCUUUAGUGUGACAUUAAAAAAUAACACCACCGUCUUUCUUCGUAACUAUAAUAUUGGCAUACGCUAUAACACCAAUAUUUUAUUACGCACAAUCGUAAAGUUACUUUUAUACAUACUUGUCUAUUUUAUAACUAAGUUUUAUACGGCGCUAUGGUAUCGAACAUGUUUAUACACCAAGUGCCUGAUUCUUAUUCACGAUUAUUGUUGCUUUCUAUUUCGAUCGAAAAUUUUCCCUCACCAUUCGUAUUCUCGUCGAUCUUGUCUCUUAAUACGUAUCUGCUUGAAACACAAAUGAUAACGUUGGAGAUAAGAUUACUUUCAAAUUCGGAAAUUCGAAUGACGUAAUUUAGAAAUUCAAAUGGCAAAUUUCUAUAUGCGUGUCAUUUUACAAUAAAUGAAAAUUACUGCCCGAUGUGUAUCCGCGUGUAAUUUUUAAGUUUUCUAAGCUGUAUCGAAUCUUCUUAUGCCAACAGCGUGGUGAUUGGAAAAAAGAUUGAUACGUCGUUGACGAUGAAUGUCCCAUCGCGCAAAAUAACACGAUUGCAUUCGUACGGAAGCGUGUGUCGUUACAAAAAAAAAAAAAGAGUAUAUUUAGAGGAACGAUAAAAAUUAUUCAUAUUAUAAAAAUUUUUACGUAUGAAUAAUAAAUCCAGUAUGCAAAUUCAGCUGACAUAAAUAAAGAGAGUGAAUUAACAUUUAAAUAGUCGGAGGUCAAGUUGACACAUAUUAUUAACUAAAAUAAGAAUUAUUAAGCUCGAAUGCCUGCGCGAGAAGAGAAUUUGUUUGUUUUUUUUUUUACGACAGAUAUGACUGAUUAGAUGAGACAACAUUAAAAAAAUGUUGAAUAACGUUUAUUUCCUUAAUUUAAUUUUAAAUUUAUUAGCUCGAAAUAUUUUAGGUUUGUUUAAAAAUCGCCAUUAGAAGAGCGAACGGAUAAUAAUCUCCGAUUCGCGACAGCACAAUCACGUGCAACACACCUGAUCUUUUGAUCUUUGAAUCUAUUAAUUAAGCCAUUUGAUCGCUAUGCAGGAGAUACGCACACGAACAUGUACAUCGCGAACUCUCAAUUUUUCCGCAUAAAAAGAAUCCUUUCGAACCGUUUCGGAGAUAUUCGCGCGUUACACUUGAAGUCGAAUACGUGUCAUCCCCCCCCCCCUUUGGUCGUGCCUAAUAAGAUAUACGAAUAAUUUCUCACGAUGAAAGAGCGUUUUUACACUUUCGUUCUCAUUUAUCUGCAGUGCUAUCGGCUUGAGUUUGCUCGCUGCUCACAAUUGCCCCGAUUCUUUGUGCCUUAAAGACUGGUUUUCACACUCGGGGCUGCGCUGACUGCAUUACGUCUUUACCGCUUUGUCGGUGGAAUCCGUGAUAUAUGCUGCUUACACCAAGCUGAAUGCAACUCUCUGAGAAAAAUGUACAGGAAAAUUAAUGUUUAUUCUCGGCACAACUCGCUAAUGGUGCAGAAUAUCAAUGAACGACUGCGCCGCAUGAAUUUCCUCCCAUUAGCAACGUCAGAUGUAUUAGCGCUCCAAAUUAAUUUAUCGUACUUUCCACAACUUCUCCUUUUAGUUUACAAAUAAUACAUUCAAAGUAUCUAUAUUCGCCGGGAGAAAUAAAAUAGGUCAAAAACCAAAUUGGAAAUAAUGUCUAAAGUAUUCAAAUAUUAAAAUACAAAGUGCACCGGAAAUAUUAAAAAAUAUUCAGAUUAGCGCAACUAGAGUGUAAAAUAAAAUUUAUUUUAUAGUAUUUUAUUUGCGUAUCCCGCUCUGCAGCCGCUUUGUGGCGUGCAUUCUCACAUAAAAGCCACGGGCUCUGAGUAUGUUCAAACCUGUGCGUCUAGAAAAUCAUUUGCGAGAGAAACGGAAGGCAACAGAAGAAUCGAAAUGUAUUUUGCACUUAAAUUCAACUGCGCGUAAAUCGAAGCGGAUGCAAAUAGUUGCUUGCGUAUUACUGAAGUGAAAAUAACAUGUUCGCGAUAUUCUUGUGACACGGCACAUCAAGUGCGCUAUCGUUAUCGCAGCCCUGUAAGUGGAAACCAGCCAUAAUUCGACCCUGACUAGACUCUACCACGUGCCGGCAAUACAAGCACAUUCACGCAUACACACACACACAUGUAUAUCUCACGGAAUGCUCGCAUGCAUGUUACAAUAUUCAACACUGUUGACUUGAAAUAAGAAAGCAAGAAAGGCGGCGCGACGCUUGCAUUAGAUCGAUGCUGGAGACUCCGCGAAUGUUCCUCCUCUUUCCUCCUGCGCGACAAUCUUUGCGAGAAAACCGACCGCAUGAAUUCGAGCGCGCAUGCAUCUGCACUUAAAAGAAUUAUCCUCCGUGCUGUAUUGCAAUGUCCAGCUGAAUUCUCACGAUCCUUUCGGCUCUCCUCCUCGUGGCGAAGCGUUUUAAACCGAUAAGAGUUUGAUCCGUAAUGUUUCGUAAAUUGCCCGAUGCAGCGACAAAUCUUUAUUAAAUUUCAAAGAAACGCAAAAGCAUUGUUGUUCGACUCUCAGUCGCCGAAAGUGAUUUUCAUUUUAUCGAACAAGCUCUGGGAUGAAAGUUAGAGUAAAAUAGAGUAAUACGAACGUCACUUUUCUCCGACGAAUGAUAAUCGCGCUUAGAGUCAUCGGACGAUCGAAAUUGCAGACGUUUUCCCCUGUCUUGAGUGGCUCAUAAAUCUAAAAACACAAAAAACGACCAGAAAUGGAGAGGGGAAGGGGGAAGGAGGGAGUACUGAAGAAAAAGAGAGGAAAAAAGGGAAAAAAAAAAAACAGAAAAUGCAUAUCGGCGACGGGUACAAUGAGUACGCACGCACAACAAUUUUUAAGACGAGAAAGCGAAGUGUGUGUACAGACCCGUGUGUAUGUGCGACUUACAUGCACACACACAUUUGUUGCUCUAGUGCUGCACCAUUGGUAGCGACGUCUUGUGGUCACCCACUCUUUUCGUGACGGCCAGUAAGCAUUAGCAUAAUUUACAAUAAUGUGUGUUUGCCGCACGCGGUUACCAUCACGUUCGCUCCUUACGCUUUUACGUUGACCGGGUAGGAUUGCCGGAUAUCCGGAUCUCCGCAGAAAUCGUCGUCCCGACGCAGACGUACUUUUUCGCGUCCCGGCUCUCGUAUCGAGUGUCCCACUUUAAAGCCUUGACGUAAGCAGAGCUGUGAUAACACGCUCUCGCACCGUGGACUAGUCGAAAUACAGAAAGUGCUGAUUACUCACUUGCCAGCCUGCAUGCGCGGCAGAGCGUUGAUUUUUACACCGGAUUAAUCGUUGCUUUUGUCAGUGGUAUGUAUUUCACUCGUCUGCUCGUGACUGAAGCGCCCCGGGCUUGCUUCACAUCGCGCAACUUCACGAAUGUCCGAAUGUCCGUCGAAUAUAUACAGUCUAAAAGAUCUGGCAAUCCUAAUCGACUGGGGGCUCUCGUUGCCUUUUUCAAACGCGUUUUCCGUUGGUUCUGCUGUUGUCCACUUCCCGGAUCAAGGGUGGAAGUCCAGGUUUUCUAAUACCAGGUUUUCUAAUACGUAGUGUCGGUUAAUUAUAACAAUGGGAUGCGCAGGUUGCGCGGAUACAAGUAGAGUCGCAUCCGAAUUUUCACUAGACAUUCGGAUGACAAUUGAUUAUAACUCGGAGUAUCUGCAGAAGUUUUGGAUGCACAUUGAGAGAAAUGUUCCGGCUGACUGAACAAACCGUCUGUUCGAUGAUUUAAACAGAAUCUGGUUCGGUUAGCUUGUAAUCAAAUUGUUGAAUCCACCAGAAUCUUGUCGCGUUAACAGGAAUUCUGGUAGAUUCGACCAGAAUCUUUAAAGUUGCAAAUCGGACAGACGAUUUGUUGAGUCGGAACAUUUUUCACAGCGCGCGAGAAUAUUCCGAUGUCGAAUAUAAUUGCUCAGAUUAUUCAACAACUUUCCCUACAAGAAUAUAAAAAACAAAUCUUGCAUUAUAUGAGAGAUUUUGUUAUGUGUGUGUGUGAAUAAGUUUUUUAAACGCUCGAAGAAAUUUACGAAAAAUCACCGAAAUAUAGUGUGAAAAACUUUGAACAUCCGAAUUUUGCUCGCAUCGGAUGCAUCGCAAUUCGAACGGCCCUCGGGGUUCUCCGAUGUCCCAAAGCUUCGGGCGGGUACUCGGGCAUCUUGAAUUUAAUAUUACCUCACCCGCAUUGUCAUUUGCUCUCGCGUUACCUGCGCACACCACGAUCAUCACGAAUUGUACAGUGCUCCGUUGUAUCACUCGACGAUGUAAAUACAACGACGAACGUCCGACAGUUUUCUCGGGAACACGUAGCUCAAAUCGGAUGCGAUGGGGGUGCUUGAUUGAUUUGCCAGAUCCAUCACACGUUUGAUUUACUCUCGCGAAAAAUUAUCGCGCGAAAUAAUACAUCUUGAGCGUAGGAUAGCGAAGUUAAUUAAAGGAAAUAAUAAUAAUGAAUUAUUCUCGCUUCGUAAAUUGUUACAAAAAUAUUGAAAAUUAUUUUUACAUAGAUUUACUUCAAGUAUGGCCUCAGAACUCCGCAGAUUCAACUCCCCAUGGAUAUCCGAAAAUUGUAUCGGUAGAGUAUUAGGACAGAAACGUGUGCCCCUCGCACCAAGUGACCAUAUACGGGAAAAACACGCGCAAUCACGUACACAAUUGCAUACACGUUCGUCGCGACCACCGCUCUCUCUCUCUCUUUCUCUCUCUUACGCUAUAUUUAACGAACCCUCUUAACUUCGUAGAUAGAUGCGUAUGAUUUCGAGUCGUGCGACACCGACGUCGCCGAUGACGGCUCACCGCUGUCGUCGAGUUGUCUCAAUUGUAUUGUCGCUAAUCUCGUUAUUAUCAUUUUCCCGUAUUAUUAUUAUCAUUAUUAUUACGAGUUGUUAUAUACGACACAUAUAGAUAUGUAUGCGGGUUAACUUAUAUAAGAAGGAGGACUCGACGCAAAUCUGACUUCUUCGAGGCGAGACGACGAACGCGUGUUUCUUUUAGGAGAGCAAUUCAAAGUAAUGUUGUCAUCGUUGACAUUAUUAUAUUAACGACAUUAUAAUUUAUUCUUGUAACGUCAUUAUCGUUAUCGCUAACGAUUGCCGUGAUUGUCGUCGGCACUUUCCGCAGCGAGAAUCACCAUUGCGCGUUAUAUAUAUAGUAUAUUAGAUAUAUAAGCGUUACACCGCUGAUCUCACACCCGAGAUAUUUCGACGAAGAAAUCAAUAACCCGCGAUUGAACAACACUGCGCAUCGCGGCCGAUGAUCAUGAUGAGUAAUCGAAUCAGAAUAAGAAAAAAAAAAAGCGGGACACAAAGGCGAAUUAUAUAUCUAUCACUGUAUCGAGAGUUGUGCGCUGCGUUUACGAUUUAAGCUAGUUCAUUUGUAAAUAAAAACUAUUUGACUCUUUGA